UCGCUUUGCUCCUUCACCUUCUCGCCGAAAUUCCAAAAUGGCGUCUGCUGGGGCUGUUUACCCUCCCCUUAACCAGCGUCCCAUCAAGAAUACCGUUCUCCUUUUCGAUGUGGACAAUACACUCACAAUUCCCCGUCAGGGCAUUACGCCAGAAAUGCUCCAGACCCUGUCUGAGCUCCGUCACAAAGUCGCAAUUGGAUUUGUCGGCGGCUCCAACCUGCCUAAGCAACAGGAACAAAUGGGCUCGGCGAACGUCGACGUGACCUCCCUCUUCGACUUCUGCUUCGCUGAGAACGGUCUCACCGCAUACCGUUUAGGCGAGCAGCUUGCAGGAUCGAGCUUCAUUGAAUGGAUUGGAGAGGAGAAGUAUAAGGAGUUGGUGAAGUUCAUCCUCCACUACAUUGCCGACCUUGACAUUCCCGUGAAGCGCGGCACCUUCAUUGAAUUCCGCAACGGCAUGAUCAACGUCUCUCCGAUCGGCCGCAACGCGUCCACCGAAGAACGCAACACUUACGAGAAGUACGACAAGGAGCACGGCAUCCGCACCACUAUGGUCCAAAAGCUCAAGGAGGCGUUUCCGGACCUCGGUCUCACGUACUCCAUCGGCGGCCAAAUAUCUUUCGACGUGUUCCCGACGGGAUGGGACAAGACUUACUGCUUGAGACACAUUGAGGCGGAGAAGGACAGACCCGAUGGAGUAGAGUAUACGACGAUCCAUUUCUUUGGGGACAAGGCGUAUCCCGGCGGGAAUGAUUGGGAGAUAUACGAUGAUAAGAGAACUAUUGGGCAUGCGGUCAAGGACCCGAGUGAUACUCUGCGUCUGCUGAGGGAAAUGUUCUUCUGAGGGUGGGGUAUUGGCGUUGCUAGAGUCCGCCAUGCAAGGUUGGAGAUGAGGAGCCAUAUGUAGAACGGGUCCAUUAUCUCUGCUGUGGACUGUUAUCUUCCACGGCAUUAAGCACAGCGAGGAGUUACAGUUGUCAGCCAGUAAUUCGCG